AUGGCGUCCCAAACUCAACAAGGCGAUUUCUGCCUUGAAUGCAACUGGGAAGCUUUCCACAUUGAUGGCAAGGAGGGGGUAGAUUCCACGGAUAAUGUUCUUCAACAUCAUUGGGACUGUUCAAGUCAUGAGACCCCGACACCGCUGCCUCAUUGUGAAGUCGAUGAGGCCUGCUGUGAUGUAGAUGACUGCGCGCUAGACUUUACUCACUGCGAGAAUGACAACUGCGCUGAUGAUAACUGCGACGAUACCCACUGCGGCGAGGAUCAUUGUACUACCAACUGCGAAGAGGAUCACUGCGAGGACAACCACUGUGAAAAUAUCGACAGUCUGUGCUUCGAAGAUCACUGCUGUGACGGUACCGUGACUCAAGACUGCGGCUUUGACGGUCUGUUUGGACUCAACGCUCCGCUAUCGCUAGAUACAGGGAUUUUCCCUUCCACUGCAAUGGGAAAUCAUUCCGGUGGUCAUCCAACAAAAGCCAUGCCGUGUCCUCUCCCUGGUCUUGUCGACCCGUAUCAACAGCAAAACUUCCUAUCCUCAUAUCAAACCCAUGCCACCCACUGUGAGCAAGAGGUAUCCAACCACUUCGAGUGCCAUGAUUUCCAGAAAGAUUGGCAAGGGAUGUUUGUGGCGCCUCCCCUACCCACACAGACCGAGGUCAACCCAGCGGAUGUUUUCCACAUGCUUGGUAUGUGUUCCGACUUCUCGAUAUGCCAAGAUCAACACGUACCUCAGCCCCAGGACGGUCUCAAUGCCUUCGAUAAACCCAAAAUCGGCACAUCAGAGGCAUUCAAUUGCUUCCACCCUGGACAUCAUCAUGUCCAUAGCCAUUUCAAAAACCCUAAUGAUUUCAACCUGCAAACCAUGCGCAAAGGACCUCACCGCAACCAUCACCGCUGCCGACCCCACACACAUGCUCAUUCCCACCCAUAUUCCCCUUAUUCACGACAGUCUCGCUCAAGCAUCAGCUCCCAUCUCAUUUCCAGCCCAGGGGAGACCCCGCCACCGCUUGAGGGUGAUGCCUCGUCCGUCCUUACCACACCGGACUUUUCUCCCGCUGACAGUAAGCUGCAUAUCUGCAAGUGGGUAACGGAUGUUCAUGGAAUCAAGGCUGCUUGCGGUGCUACAUUUGCCGAUUGUGGUGCUCUUCAAGAGCAUCUCGUUGCCAGUCAUAUGAAUACCGUAAAUGGUGCCAAGGGCAAUGGGUACUACUGCUGCUGGGAAGGAUGUCAUCGUCCAGAUGAGCCCUUCUCCCAGAAGUCCAAGCUUCAAGGCCAUUUCCUUACACACAGUAAUUAUAAGAAUUUUUCGUGCUCGAAACACAUUCGCGAACCCACACUGGCGAAAAGCCUUUCAAAUGCACCUGGCCAGGAUGCAGCUUCACCACGGGCGACUCUUCGAAUAUGUCUAGUCACAGACUUACGCACGGGGAGCGAAGACAUAAAUGCCUUUUCCCAGGGUGCAGUAAGAGCUUCACACGUCCUGACCAAUUGA